AUGGCUCUGAGACCGCUGGCUGAACUUAGAAAGCUGUCACAGCAUCAACUGAACACAAUUCGUAAGGAAGAUUUGAUACAGAGUAUACUGUCAGCACCAGAAUCUGAUGAUGCAAACCUGGCAGUAGUGACACAGUUGACAGCACUGAUCGCCGAAGUUGCAGACAUAAAAAAGGCUCUCAAAUCUCCAGAUAGCCCCAUUAAUCGGCAAGUACGAGAAUUACAAGACCAAGUGACUAAGCAGCAGGAGGUCAUUGCAAGACAGCAGAGAUUCCUAGAGGAUAUAGACCGGAAAGCAAGGGAAUGCAACCUUGUAUUACUCGGCAUUCCUGAAGAUCAGGAAAGUCUGGAAGGCGCUACUACUGAUGGUGCAAAAAUCCAGAAAGUGUGGACAGCGAUUGGCUCGUCAGUGGGCGUAAGGACUUCACGACGUCUGGGACGAGCGGGAGGGCGGCGCCGACCCGUUCUGGUCACAGUGGCUUCUCGAGAGGACCGUGACGCCGUGCUGGAACGAGCAAAACACCUGAAAGACGCCGGUGAGACAUUCAAGCGGAUUUUUGUAAAGAAAGAUACGCAUCCAGCAGUAAGGGAAGAGUGGAAGCGAUUAAAAGACGCAGAGAAAACAGAGAAAGAAAAACCCGAGAAUGCUGGUUGUAACAUCUACAUCAAUUACAAGGAACGUCAAUUGUAUAGAGACAGAGAAGUGAUCGACAGAUUUAGCUUGAUGUCUUUUUAG